AAGACCCUGGCGGGACAGAGCGUGGAGACAGAGAAGGUCCUGGACAUCAUCUACCAGCCGCAGGCGGUGUUCAGGGUGCGGGCGGUGACCCGCUGCACCAGCUCCCUGGAGGGGCACACCGAGGCUGUCAUCUCCGUGGCCUUCAGCCCCACCGGAAAGUACCUGGCGAGCGGCUCUGGAGACACCACCGUCCGCUUCUGGGACCUCAGCACGGAGACGCCGCAGUUCACGGCCAAAGGUCACCGGCACUGGGUGCUCAGCAUCGCCUGGUCGCCUGACGGCAAGAAGCUGGCCUCGGGCUGCAAGAACAGCCAGAUAUUUCUCUGGGAUCCAGCCACUGGCAAUCAGAUCGGCCGGGUGCUCUCUGGCCACUCCAAAUGGAUCACGUGUCUGUGCUGGGAACCGCUCCACAUAAACCCGGAGUGCCGCUACCUGGCAAGUGCCUCCAAGGAUGGCAGCAUCCGCAUCUGGGACACACUGAUGGGCAAGUGUGACAAAAUCCUCACGAGCCACACGCAGUCGGUAACGUGUGUGAAGUGGGGGGGCGAUGGCUUGCUCUACUCCUCCUCCCAGGACAGGACCAUCAAAGUCUGGAGGAGCCAGGAUGGGGUCCUCUGCCGCACCUUACAGGGCCACGCUCACUGGGUGAACACCAUGGCUCUUAGCACCGACUACGUUCUCCGCACUGGUGCCUUCGAACCUGCUGAAGCCACCAUCAACCCACAGGAUGUGAGCGGCUCCUUGGCAGAGCUGAAGGACAAGGCACAGCAGAGGUAUGACCAAGUCAGGGGCCAGGAACCAGAAAGGCUCGUCUCGGGAUCAGAUGAUUUCACACUGUUUCUUUGGAGACCAGCAGAAGACAAGAAGCCACUGGAGAGAAUGACAGGCCACCAGGCAUUGAUUAACCAAGUCCUGUUCUCGCCAGACACCCGGAUAAUAGCUAGUGCUUCCUUUGACAAGUCCAUAAAGCUCUGGGAUGGUAGGACAGGAAAGUACCUGACGUCGCUGAGAGGGCACGUCUCGGCUGUGGAUCAGAUCGCCUGGUCCGUGUAUGCAACGGAUUGGAGCCCGGAUGGACAGAGGGUAGCCAGUGGAGGGAAGGACAAGUGUUUGCGGAUGUAA